AUGACUGAAUUUAAUAGUUACACACCAACACUAACCAUGGUGGGAUUACUGAAUUUAACAGUUACACACCAACACUAACCAUGGUGGGAUUACUGAAUUUAACAGUUACACACCAACACUAACCAUGGUGGGGUGACUGAAUUUAACAGUUAUACACCAACACUAACCAUGGUGGGGUGACUGAAUUUAACAGUUAUACACCAACACUAACCAUGGUGGGGUGACUGAAUUUAAUAUACAGUUAUACAACAACACUAACCAUGGUGGGGUGACUGAAUUUAAUAUACAGUUACACACCAACACUAACCAUGGUGGGGUGACUGAAUUUAACAGUUACACACCAACACUAACCAUGGUGGGGUAACUGAAUUUUAUAUACAGUUAUACAACAACACUAACCAUGGUGGGGUGACUGAAUUUAACAGUUACACACCAACAAUAACCAUGGUGGGGUGACUGAUUUUAAUAUACAUUUACACACCAACACUAACCAUGGUGGGGUGACUGAAUUUAAUAGUUACACACCAACACUAACCAUGGUGAGGUGACUGAAUUUAACAGUUACACACCAACACUAACGAUGGUGGGGUGACUGAAUUUAAUAUACAGUUAUACAACAACACUAACCAUGGUGGGGUGACUGAAUUUAAUAGUUACACACCAACACUAACCAUGGUGGGGUGACUGAAUUUAACAGUUACAUACCAACACUAACCAUGGUGGGGUGACUGAAUGUAACAGUUACACACCAACACUAACUAUGGUGGGGUGACUGAAUUUAACAGUUACACACCAACACUAACCAUGGUGGGAUUACUGAAUUUAACAGUUACACACCAACACUAACCAUGGUGGGAUUACUGAAUUUAACAGUUACACACCAACACUAACCAUGGUGGGGUGACUGAAUUUAACAGUUAUACACCAACACUAACCAUGGUGGGGUGACUGAAUUUAACAGUUAUACACCAACACUAACCAUGGUGGGGUGACUGAAUUUAACAGUUAUACACCAACACCAACCAUGGUGGGGUGACUGAAUUUAACAGUUACACACCAACACUAACCAUGGUGGAGUGUUCUUCCAGCUGAUCUUCUCUGAGCUGGAGAUUGCCCAGCAUGCUCUGCUCCACUUCACCGGUGAGCGGAGCUACCACCUUUGAUAUUGAUUAACUACAAAUACUUCACGUCCUUUGUAUCAAUAUCUGCUGCAGCCGAGAGGUUUUUGGGGCUCCAAGACUUCACAGCAGAAGCACUACAAGACUUUUGUCACCAGGAAAUGUCCUGCCCUCACAGGAGGAUUCUGAGGCUGUGUUGGACCUGAUUAGAAUGAGGUUUUUACAGAAAAGCAGGUUGAUUUUGUUUAGUUCAUUUCUUUUUUGGUAGUUUGUGUGAUAUUUGAUUUAUUUUUACCCAUAUGUUAUUUUUGGGGAUCCUUAUCCACCCACACAGUAGGUGGCGGAAUGCACAUUUAGUUGUUGCGAAUGCCAUUAUACCAUAGAAGAAGAGAGAGAGACAGACAGACAGACAGACAGACAGACAACGGUCUAGACACCCUCAGGCAGUGAUGCCAACUUAGCAAUUUUGUUGCUAUAUUUAGCAACUUUUUUUCCAAACAGCACCUAAAAACAAAUGUAGCUAAUUUUAAAAAUGUAUUUGGAACUUGUGGCAACUUUUGAAAAAUUACUCAAACGCUAAAACGCACAUAUUUUCCCUCUAAAUGACACAAAACCGAUUUUCUCUGUCACAACACACGUGCCUGGCUGCAAAAGUGCAUUGUGAGUGACGCCAGCAGCAAUUUCAGCAAAUUGCAAAUCAUUGUUGGCUGACUGCAGCAGCAGUAGUAUGUGUUCGACGAGAUCUUGAACAGAACUUACAACAAUCAACAUGUCUCAAUCAAAAUUGUACAGCCAGAAGUACAGAAAAGAGUGGGAGUACCUGGAUUUAAAGGGUGGCUGAAGCCAGUAAUUGGGGAUGAUUGUUGGGCAUACUGUGCGUACUGCAAAUCAGAUAUGCUUGCAAAAAUGUAUGACAUCAAAAAACAUUAUGCUACAGCAAAGCAUAUAAAUAAAUCAAAACCGUACAACCCCACAACGCAGUCUACAUUACCACAGUUGGUUAAAAAAGUGGAUAACUGCAAAAGCUACUAUGGCAAUGGCCACUGCAGAGCAUUGUUCGCUGCUAGCAUGCGACCAUUUAGGUAUGGCUUGCAAAGUUGCCUUUUCAGAUUCUGUGGCAGCAACAAACUUCCAAAUGCACUGCACCAAGUUACACAGAAAUGAUUAGGGGAAUACUGGCUCCUUAUUUUCUCAAAAGGGUAACAUCAGAUGUGGGGGAUGAGAAGUUCAGUCUCCUUUUGGAUGAGUCCACUGAUGUCAGUGUCUCGAAAUACCUGGGUGUGGUGAUUCGGUAUUUCAGUGCUUAAAAAAGAACCGUUGUGUCCACAUUUCUCAGGCUGGUUGUCUGGGAGGGUGGCGAUGGCAGAUCAAUAGCAAAGGCGGUAGUUGAGUUUCUUGAGAAGGGCAACCUUAAAAAAGAGAAUCUUCACAGUAUUGGCACUAAUAAUGCGUCUGUGAUGACUGGGGUACACAACGGGGUGCACAUGAUUUUAAAGGUAGAAUGUGCAUUGCCCAAUUUGGUACUCAUCCGUGAUGUGUGCCAUUCUUUACAAUUGGCUGUCUCUGCAGCAUCCAAAGAAACCAUCCCUAGGAGUGUUGAGUACUUAAUCAGGGAAACCUACAACUGGUUUUCCAUUUCCCCAAAAUGGCGCGAGGCGUACAAAGCAGUGUAUGCCACCAUUAAUUGUGUCCAGAAACCCCUGCAGGUCACCAAAGUGUGUGCCACACGUUGGCUAUCGAUUGAGUCUGCGGUAACUCGUAUAUUGAGCCAGUGGGAAGAACUGAAACUCCACUUUGAGUUGACCAAGGCCAGUGAGCGUUGCUACAUGGUGGAUGUUCUCCACACCAUGUACAUGGACAAGACCAACUAUGUCUACCUGACAUUCUUGAAAUCAAGUUGCAGUGAAGUAAUUUGAGGGAGAGCAAACAGAUCCUGUCAAGCUUUUGGACAAUCUGGUACACCUCUUAACAUCAAUUUGCAGCAGAGUAGUCAACCCUAUGGCAAAAAUGGAUGUCCUGAAUGAUGCCAUUGAUGGACAUCUCAGUCCAUCACCAUGUACCAACUCAGUCUUGCGCCAGAGGACAAAAAGGUAUUUCGGAGACAGUGCAUCAACUACAUUGUUGCUUUAAGCAAGGAGCUGCAAGCAAGGCUCCCAGACAACCUUGAAGCCUUGCGAAACAACAUGGCCUUGUUCAGUGUUAAGGAAACGCUAAAGCACAACAAAGGCACCACUGAAAUUAUUAAAGUAGCUGAGCUACUGGGGUACCAGCCCCAAACAAUUGAUAAAAUUGUUUCCCAAUGGAGAAACAUCCAGCUGUUUAGGUGGGACUCAACUGAAAAUACAGUCGAGUUUUGGAGUGAACUCAAUAACUACACGGACUCUUCCGGGUCAAAUCCAUUUGAAGAACUGUGCAAAGCUGCACUCGCUGCCCUCUCCUUGCCACACUCAAAUGCGGAGGUUGAACGGCUGUUCAGUCAAAUGAGUGUGGUCAAGUCAAAGUUAAGAAAUAGAAUGUCACUGCACACUCUCAACUCCAUACUCCUGGUGCGGUAUGGACUGAAGCUGGCUGGUGAAACCUGUUACCAGCAUAAACUACCAAGUGAAGUUCUGCAGCAGUUUGGCACCACAGCAGCAUACAGCUUUAAAGCCACUCCAUCCUCUACUGCUGGUUCCAGCUCCGUGACAAUGCAGUUGGACAGUGAAGAGGAUUUCCUUGCCAAUCUAUGACUCAUCAUAUUUACAGUACGUAGGCAAGGAGUGGGCUUUCUGGAACUGGCGGAGACACACAGCUGAUGGUGGCAGUGUGUACUGCAGUGGGUGCGAAAACAGUGGCAAUAUCUGAAGGAAACCAUCGAGCAGCUAGCCAGCCAAGCAGCACAACAACCUGGAGAGAGCUGGAGAGAGAUGCCUAGCACAUACAUCAUUAUUUGAGUUAAGUUGCUUAUUCAAUAAGAUAGCAUAUAUACCUUGUUAUUUGCCUGUACCUAUAAUUGUUGAUCAGUUAGGUAGCAUGUUAACUAACUACCAAUACACUGCUUAAAACUAGGAUUGUUCAGAAUGUGUAGGUUUACUAGUUAUAAAUAAAAUGUAAUUGUUCAAUAAUGUGUAAUUGUUCAAUAAUUCAAUGUGUUGUGUUUAAAAAUAAAAAUGUGAUAAUAUAAAAUGUGUUGUGUUUAUAUUACUUUUACAAAUAAAAGUAUAUGAUAAUAAACAAACAAAUCUAAACUAACAAAUGUCAAAUCAUAUUUUUCGCCGAGAUAAUUUUUAUAUGUUAUUUUUUUCAUGUGAUAUUUAUAUAUAUUUUUUCACUUUUUUUAUUUUUAUUAACAGUAACAUGCAAAACAUAAACAUAACAGUCAGAGGGAUUCCACAAAGAAAUGAUAAAAAAAUAAAAUAAAACUCAUCCACAUUAUAUCAAUUAAAAUACAGGCAUAUAGCGAAGAAUUUUUUUUGACAUUUUGUUUUGUAUACGUUUCAAAGACUCUAAAUAGUUUUACAAAUCAGAUAAAAAAAUUAAGAAAAGGGCCUUUUUCUUCAUACAUUUUGAUUUGUGUAUGAAAAAUGUUCCAAAUAAAAUAAAGAGAUUUAUGACAUAUUCACAUUCAAUUGUGGAAUCAGUGUAGAAAAAUAAUGUCAAACUUAGAUUUCAAUGGUUGUAUGCAAAAUGAGGACAAGAUAUAGUUUUACAUCAGUCCAGAACACUUCACUAUAUAACAAUGACAGAAUAAGUGUUCAAUUAGAGUCUACGUAAUGACGUUACGCAGUUUUACGUUAUUAUGUAUUGACGGCAUCACGCAAUGACAUCAUAACGUCUAUUAGCAACAAAUCAACUUCCUCUGGAAAUUAGUUGGCAACACUGAGCGGAAUGCGGCGAAAGCACCUACCGAUGCCGACGACUCGAAUGUGCUGCUCUGAAAUGCAGGACAGAUGCCAGGGAAGUCAAGAAGACUGACACGUGAGUGCAUUGACUUACCACCAGGAACAUUAGAUGUGUUCAGCUUGUCAGCCCUUCGCCUUAAAGGUCUGCAUUACUUGUGACACGACUUCCUGACUUAAAGGCAUCUGAACAGAUUCUCCACUUGGAGUUCCAUUCUGGAAUAGGAAUGUGUGCUGAAUACCUGAUUCCAGACCACGACACUGAUGCGCUUUGUGAAAAUCCAGGGUUUGAGUGCUGUGGUCAGUGGAAUUGCAGCGUGGACGCCAACAUACUGUUGACUGUCCUGAAACAAGAUGGCUGUUCUGGGCUGCUUUUAAACCUCUACAGGAUCAGUGUCCUGAAAUCUGGACAGCUGCUGCUCAGUAUGUGACUAGAAAGGCAUUCUGAACAACAGCCAACUUUCCGGGACAUCGACAUGUCUUAUAUCGUCAACAAGCUUAAAUGUUCGUUAAUCUAACCGCAGUGUCUAAUUUACAGUAGCUAUUACAGCGGGACAAAAUACAAUGCUAUUGUUUGGGGAUAGUGCACAACAACAAAACACUUAUCAAUGCAACUUGAUACAUUCACCUGUGACAUAUUGGCUACACAACACGUCAAUUAGCCUAAUGAAGGUAAGCCGUCGUUAGGCACCAAUGAGACAAGCGGUGUUCACUUGAUUGACAGAGUCUUGGUCCAAGGACCACCUAUCAUUUUGAAAGCGAUCAAGCUAGAUAGCCAAUGAGCUGGGCUUUCCAGCAGCAUGUGAACGCCUUUUGUACUACAAACAACCAUCAUGCUAGAGCUGUGGGCAACAGUGUUCAUUCUCUGGUGAAAGCAAACAGGACUCACGGUAUUUAAUGAUACGUAGUGGUUCGUUCUCUUCUACAAACUUUUCUCAAAACUUAAAAAAAGAAAACAUGGCUGCUACUAGUGGAAAGCUACAUUGAAGUCCAAGUUUACAAAUUUGGAUGAGACCAUUGCAGAAAUGGACUGGGAGAGUGACACAGAACUAAUGGAUGAGGACUCCAUGAGUGAGUACAGUUUUGAUUCCAGUGAGGAAGAAAUGUUUUUGGAAGGAGAAGAUCCACUUUUAGAUCAAGGUAGAGACUCCGAUGACCUCUGGGAGCCAUCUCCAAAGAAACCACAUUCAAGUCCAUCCCACACUCAUUCAAACAUAGGAACUGGCUCCUCCAGUCUGACCCCCGCUGCUGUCUCUGGCUCCACACCCACCUGGCCAUCUAGAGGUGUUAUGAGUCCAGACCAGAAGCGGAGGAGGGCCAGUGUACCAGCGGCAACUACCACCGAGGGAGAGGACCGUUGGCGCACUGUGCUAGAGGAUGAUGUGGAGCCACUUCGACCAACAUUUCGACCUAAAAGGCAGCCAGGACCUCAGCUGGACAUGACUGGAAAGUACAGCCCCCUUAAUCUUUUCCAGAUGUUUUUCUCCUCGUCAGUUCUUGAUUUGCUUGUGUUGAACACCAACAAGUAUGGGGCUAAGAAGCAAGCAGGCAAGAAAGAGGCAUGGAAGCCCAUUUCCAGCCAAGACCUAUACUGUUACAUCUCACUGGUCAUUUAUAUGGGGCUUGUGAAGUUCAAAACCCUGAAGGCCUACUGGAGAAGCUCAAGACUCUACCAACUGCCUUUCCCUACAACUGUCAUGUCUUGUACGAGGUUUCUGACUGUGUCGCGGGCGCUUCAUAUUAGUGACCCACAAGCUGACGAUAACAAUGACAAGAAGAAGGGCACAGCAAGCUUUGAUAGGCUCUGCAAAAUCAAACCUCUCUACUCCAGCAUUGUUGAGGCCUGCAAGACCCAUUUUCAGCCUUCCCAGAACCUGUCCAUCGAUGAGAGGAUGGUAGCCUCAAAGGCCAGAAUUGGGAUCAAACAGUAUAUGCCUAACAAGCCAACAAGAUGGGGUUACAAGCUGUUUGUUUUGGCAGAUUCUGCAUGUGCCUACACUUGGAAUUUCUUUGUGUAUGAGGGGAAGUCCAUCUCAGCCACCGGUAUGGGACUUGGUUAUGAUUCCGUUAUGAAAUUAUUGGAUUUUCCACUGCUGGGGACGGGCUACAAACUGUUUGUGGAUAACUUUUACACAAGCCCUACCCUGUUUAUAGACCUGAGGAAGCUGAAUGUGUGGGCUUGUGGCACCAUUCGUCCCAACGGAGUGGGUUUUCCCAAAACAAAAGUAAACGACAUGCCUAAGAGGGCUGAAAGGGGUACCAUACGAUGGAUUCGUAAAGAUGACCUGCUCUUUGUAAAGUGGAUGGAUACCAGAGAGGUGGUCAUGUGCUCCAGUAUCCACAAAUCGUACAGUGGCGAUCACAUCCGCAGGCGUGCGAAGGACGCUACUGGGACAUGGACCAAGAAAGAUAUCCCCGUUCCAGCUGCUGUGAAGGAUUACAACAAGAGCAUGGGAGGUGUGGACCUGUCAGACGCUCUGAUAGGCUACUACAAUGUUCUCCACAAGACAAAGAAAUGGUACAAGACAUUGUUCUAUCACUUCAUCGACAUUGCUGUGGUGAAUGCGUUCAUCCUCCAGAAGGAAAAGGCUAAGAUCUGUGGACAGACCCCCAUGACACAGCUAGCCUUCAGAGAGCUGCUCAUCCAGGAGCUUGCUGACUGCAGCACAAAGUCCACUGCAGCACCCUCUGUCCGCUCUACCUCUGUCCGCUCUACCUCUGUCCGCUCUACCUCUGUCCGCUCUACCUCUGUCCCCUCUACUCCUGCCUCCAGUGAUGUUCACCUGCCAAAAUACAUCACUGCAGACCUGAAUUUGCCUCAGGGCCAAAAGGGCUCAGUAGGGAGGCGUCGUUGUACUCUGUGCCACAAGAAAUCUCCCAUCACCUGCACUACUUGUGCAGUUACCCUCUGCUUUACAACAGAGAGAGACUGCUAUGGGCCUUGGCAUCAGCAGCUCAAUCUGGUGUAGAGGUGUUACGCUCUGCUUUACAACAGAGAGAGACUGCUAUGGGCCUUGGCAUCAGCAGCUCAAUCUGAUGUAGAGGACUGUGGGUGUUCUGAAUACUCUAAUUGUAAGUAGUGUGUUUUCUCCCUCAGUUUGUGGUGUGUUACACUUCUGACAUUAGAUCAGUGUUGGCUGCUAAUGUGGAUGUUUAUCUUAAUUCACUUCUGUGUUUUGGGAGGCAUUGGAUCAGCGUUCUCGUCACGUCUCCUGUUAGUAACUUUUAUGUCGGGAUGCUAAUGAUCCAUUACGUAUGACAUUCCUGGGAGUGUGUAAACUUGAAAUGUGUGCAUGUAUUUUUAUUUAUAUAUUAUUUAUUUAUUUUUCUCCUGAAUUUCUUUGUAUCCAAUUGUCUCAUCGCUGCAAUUCCCGUACUGACUUGGGAGAGGCGAAGGUCGAGAGCCGUGCGUUCUCCGAAACACAACCCAGCCAAGCCUCACUGCUUCUUGACACAAUGCCUGCUUAACAAGGAAACAUCCGCACCAAUGGGUUGGAGGAAACACCGUACACCUGGCGUCCGCGUGCUUUGCGCCCGGCCCGGACCAGAGGAGUCGCUAGUGCGAGAUGGGAAGAGAACAACCCGGAUGAUUCUGGGCCAAUUGUGCGCCGCCCCAUGGGUCUCCCGUUCACGGCCGGCUGGGACAGAGGCACAGCUCUGCAUUUUAGACCACUCGGGAGGCUACCUUAACAUCAGUAUUACCAUUUUAGUAUGUUCUCUAUAGGUAUGUACUUUAAAAUUGACAAAUUUGGGCACUUGGGUACAUUUUUGGGAAAACUUGAGGGACACCUGGGAAACUUCAUACUAAAUAUUAUGUAGCUCUCUCAUUCUUGACUGUAUCAGUAUGAAACUGUUCACACACGUUGUCCUGUUGGGGACAACAACAGAUAUAGAAAUCCAAUGUUUUUUGUUUUGAUCUAUUGUGUUAUUCUCACCCCUCCACAAACUUUAAAGUGGUUCCAUUCAAAUAGUAUCAAGAAUCAGCAUAUCCUUUCUUCAGGUCUAUCAGGUCUACCUAUGCAGGUAUGGAUCCAUCCAGUCUAAAUGGAUAUUUUAACACCAGUCUUUAAUUUGUCCUUAAAGGGGUAGUUCAAUGUUCAAUUUAAAGUUUGUUCUUUUUUUAAAAUAUAAAUGUAUUGGUAUGUACAUUACAUUUCCAUACAACUUUUCUUUUUGUAUAGUUGAACGCAACACGUUUGCAGUUUGAGGGAUCCCGUCCUUCUGUUGAACAUGAUGAAUAUUCUCUUUGGAAUCUGUUGAGAAAAGGAAUAGCUGACUUCAGCAGAGGGCUACGUAACCUGUCAUAAAGGCUACUAAUGUUAUGUCUAACCCCCUCCAUGUGCCCGCCUGGUAUCUGGUCCCCAGCAAGACAUUAUCUUGAAGGUUUUGUCUUAGGUUUCCUCUGUAUGUGGCUGAACAGGGAGUCGUGAUGCCAACUAGACUGGUGAGUUUUGGUUAAUGAGUACGUUCGGUAAUUGUCAUGGGAAAUGAAUCUAGUCAUUGUAUCUUAACCAGAGCCUCUGCCUUAGCCACAAGCUAUAACCAGCCUAGUGUUAAAAUUCUCUGAACGGUUGAUGUUUGGUAGUCGUGGUGACUCUGGCUCCUAGUGAUGACACCCGCACUCGUCUUACGCCCUGUGUCGACGACAGAACCUGCAAAGGUGGACCCACUGGUGUUGCCAGGGCAACAAGGGGACAGCUGGUUGGGGUUACCAACUGUCUGAUGGGACCAGAGACUCACACAAAAUGGCUGUUGGCUUUGCAUUGUUGAUCCAAAAUGGCCGCCAUUAGAUUUAAGAUCAAGAAGUAGAUGCAGAAUCAUUCAUGAAAUGCUAGUAGCAGCACAAGUGACUGGGGUGGAUGGUCCACUCAGGAUGUAGUCAGUUAAUUUAUAUUUUCAUGCAGUACCAUCAAUACAGUUUAAGCAGGAUUGAGGUUAGAAUACUGACUAACAAAUAACUAGUGUCCUGAUGUAGUACAGGGCCCUUGUCAACACUUUCCCAUAUUUAAUCUCUCAGGGUGGUAGUGCUGGUCUAGGAUCAGUUGUUACCUCCCCAGCUGAUUGGUUACCCCUCUGAUCUAUCAGACAAUAAAGCAGUCUUUAAUGUAGUGCUGUUCAGCAUGUUUAUUUGGACUCUUCUCCUUCAGGUCCUGAUGGUCCUGGUGGUGGUACCAGACUGGUCACUAGAAGAUGCCUGUUACUGAACUACCUCAAGAGCUCGUUGGCUGCUGAAGUGUUGCUGUGCUGGUGGAGCGGGAAGGUAACCAUGGUUGACAGAGGAGGAACAAUGAUUCCAAGCACCACCCUCCUUUUGAAGCUUCCAGUCUGUUCGAACUCAAUCAGCAUGACAGAGUGAUCUCCAGCCUAGUCCUGGUCAACACUCACACCUGUGUUAACGAGAGAAUCACUGACAUGUCAGCUGGUACUUUUGUGGCAGGGCUAAAAUGCAGUGGGAAUGUUUUGGGGAUUCAGUUCAUUUGCAUGGGAAAGAGGGACUUUGCAAUUAAUUGCAAUUCAUCUGAUCACUCUUCAUAACAUUCUGGAGUAUAUGCAAAUUGCCAUCAUACAAACUGAGGCAGCAGACUUUGUGAAAUUUAAUAUUUGUGUCAUUCAACUUUUGGCCACGACUGUAUAUGUAUUAUAAUGGAAAAGGGGGGCAGAUCAAUAUUAGGAAGAUGUUGUUAAUGUACUGUUGAAUGUUCCUCUUGGAUCAUCACACUGACCCAAGCAAUUUGUUAUAAACUACAUACUCUGACAUGAUGAGUCAUCAUUACCGCCCCAGUCUGAUGUAACGCUGACUGAUUGGUUACUCUCUGAUCAAGUCAUCUCAGACCUUGUGUAUUAGUCCCUACAGUAUCACCAGGGUUUAAUUCUCACUAUUUUCCCUCUUGCACUCCUGUUUGGUCAGCAAGGAAGUGAGACAUCUUGUUGGAACUGGGGAAAACCAGGCCAAGUCAAUUCAACCCAGUGACUGUGUUUUGAUGUAAAAAUAAAUCUACAAAUUAA